GAACCAGUUACUAAUACAGUUGUACAUAAAAGUUCACAAGGUGCUAUUUUCUUCCCAGCCACUAGGGGGACAUAGUCGCCUCGAAGUGUCGUGGUCGUUCGUUCUGGCGGUGGAGCGCUUGUGUUAGCUGAGCAUAACGUCUCGUGUUUUAUCCGGCAAAGUUCCAGUCCAAUGGGGGACAGCGAUGAUGAGUUUGACAGGAGGAGGCGGGACAAGUUCAGAAGAGAGCGCAGUGACAUGGAACGUUCUCGAGAGCGAGAAGAGAGGAGACGGGAUGACUGGCCCGACAGGGACUGGGAGCGCGGCAGAGAGAGGAGGCGGGACUACGAUCGUGGUCGCAGAGACAGAUUUUCGCCACCGAGACACGUCAGUCCUCAACACAAACGCAUGAGGAGAGACUGGGAUGACCACAGGGGAGAACCGUACCGCUUUGAACGACCCUAUGGAGGAGGUGUAGUGCCAUUUCCAGGGAUGGGCCCUCAGGGGUGGCCCCCAGACCUUCCUCACCUUCACCCACAUCACGGAGGUCACUUGCUGCAGGGCAGGUUGGCAAUGGUGGAUCCUGACCUCCCGCCCCCUGGACCCCCCACUAUGAGGAGCUUCAAGGACUUCCUGUUGAACAUGGAGGACACCGUGGAUGAAACCGAGGCGGUCAAGCGCUACAAUCAGUAUAAAGUGGACUUCCGACGCCAGCAGCUGCAAGACUUCUUCAUCCAGCACAAAAACCAAGAGUGGUUCCGAUCCAAAUAUCACCCUGAUGACAUCAGAACCAGUAAGGCCGAGUCUUUGGCUGCACUGAAACUGCGUCUGGGCGUGUUCCUCUUUCUGUCAGACAGCAAGUGGAUGGACAGCGUGUCGCUGGACAUGGAGCACGCCUCUGCCAUCAUCAAAUUGCUGGAUGCAGCUGUCAUCAAGAUGGAGGGAGGCACAGACUUGGACCUGAAGGUGCUGGAUCUGCCUGUAGCGGUUAGCGGCGAGUCGUCCCAGCAGCCGGCCGGUGACGAGGUGAGCGGGGCUCAAAGCCAAAAGAACAAGGAAGAGGACGCCAAGCAGAAUGGUGAGAAGGAGCCGAGCAAAGAUGAGGAGGAGGAGGAGGAGGAGGGGGAAGAGUUGGAGGAGGAGGAGGAGGGGGAAGAAGACGAUGAGGAGGAAAAAGAAGAGAAAGAGGAUAAAAAACCCAAAAAAGGUAGGAAGAGGAAGCGGAGCAUGUCAGCUGACAGUGGUGAAGGAUCUGCCUCUGACUCCUCCCACUCUGAUGGAGAAAAGGAGGACGAUGAAGAGCAAGAGUCGCCGGCAAGGCCGAGGCCUCUCCACCUCACCACCUCACUUUUCAUCAGGAGCAUCCCGCCAGAUGUCUCCAAGGAGGAGAUCACCGCCUUGUGUCUCAGGUACCCGGGAUUCCUGCGGGUGGCGCUUUCGGACCCUCAGCCAGAGAGGAGGUUCUUCCGUCGAUGCUGGGUAACCUUUGACCGCAGCGUCAACAUCAAGGAGACCUGUUGGAAUCUGCAGAACAUCCGACUCCGAGACUGCGAGCUGUCUCCUGUGGUCAACAGAGAUUUGUGUCGCCGUGUUCGCAGCGUCAAUGGCCUGACGCACCACAAACCUGUAGUGAGGAACGACAUUCGUCUGGCAGCCAGACUCGUGCACGCGUUGGACCAGCGGGGCGAUCUCUGGCAGGGACAGGUGCGACUUCCGGUUGAGUCUUUUGUACUUCCUGUUUGGCAUCGAUGCCACAUGUCCACUAUGCAACAGCAGAUGGAGACCAACCCCGUCCUCAACAACAUUACUGACUACCUCAUUGAGGAGGUCAGCGCCGAGGAGGAGGAGCUAACGGGCUGCGACAGUGGCGAAGCGGUCGACGCCAAAGACUCCACGUCUUCAGAAGUUGCCUUGGAGACGGAUGAAAAGUUGCUUAAGGUCCUGGACAGACUCCUGGUCUACUUGCGUCUGGUACACUCGGUCGACUACUACAACUUCUGUGAGUACCCCGCUGAGGACGAGAUGCCUCAUCGUUGUGGACUUUUCCAUGUGCGAGGACCCCUACCUGUGGGCAAGAUCACUGCAGCCGAGGUGAGUGAACAUCAAAAGAUGUGUGAGGAGCGUCUGGCUCCUCUGCUGAGCCCGUCUGAAGUUCUGAAUGCAGACGAGGCCACACGCCUUGGCAAGAAAGACCUGGAUCAGGAAGUGGAGAAGUUCCUGUCCACCAACACUCAGGAGCUUAGUAAAGAUAAGUGGCUCUGUCCUCUGAGUGGGAAGAAGUUUAAGGCCCCAGAGUUUGUGCGUAAACACAUCUUAAACAAACACGGUGAGAAAGUGGCCGCUGUGAGACAAGAGGUGGAGUUCUUUAACAAUUAUCUGAUGGACGCCAAGAGACCCGCCUUACCUGAGAAUAAGCCCCUCCCACCCCCGGCGCAAGUUCCUUCCUCUGGCUUCCCUGGUCAGUUGCCACAACAGCAAAGCCUUCUGGGAUAUCCACCUGGCAUUAGGCCUCCUGUGCACACCUUCCCUGGUGGUCCUCAUUUCCCCUCCAACCAGUUUGGAGCUGGCCGUGGUGCCUAUGAUAACUUCCGGGGUCAGUUAGGAGGCGGCUUUCACAACAAACAACGUAACAACAGGGGCAUGCGAGGAGACCCACGCUCCAUAAUCGAGUACAGAGACCUGGAUGCUCCGGAGGACCUCGACUUCUUUUAAAUAGACUUUUUUUGUAUGAAUUCUCGUUGCUUUGUGUGUUUGGCAGCAGGACCAAGAUUACUUUUUUAAGUGAUGUCAUUUGUUCUGAUUCACAAUAAAGCUCAGUACUAGAAAAUA